UAGGCCCCCCCCUUGUCCCCUCACCCAGUGCUCAACAGUGGGUUGAAAGCUUCCAGAGUGAAGAGACCUUUUAUGAAAAUCCAGGUGACUUCUUGGGCAUCCCAGCCCUGAUUGGCAACACCAAGGGACUGGAUGUGUGGGAAUCCUGGGGGUGGAGGGGCUGACUUGUCGGUCCCCAAAACUACUUGCUGAGAUCCGCACGAUGCUGGCACCUGUGUGCAGCAGAUGCGAAUUGCUGCAUGUGCGUGUGACUGCCCACAGGUCACCUUCCGUGAUAGGCAUUUGGACAAGUUCCAGGGGUGGAGAAAUCUAUUGCUCCAGUAUGGUCACCUUCCACGGGGUACACCCAUGUUAAAGCGUGCAAUGUGCAGAAUGUCGUCAUUUUAACCCGUAAAAUUUGGGAAAAGCUUUAGCGCCUCGUUGGCCACGUAAAGACCCCUUGGGCCCAAUGAAGGCCUCGCUCUUGCAUCUUGAAUGCCUUGGCCACGCUGAGCUGUGCGCCGUGCGUUUUUGCAGCAACGCGGUUUAAGGUUCUUGGCGUGGCAGGGCGUGAACGUGGGAGUAUGCUCGUGGGCUCACGCACCCAGCACAUGGCUUCCCCGGAAAACGACCCCAGCUGGCUGAUGGUGCUGGCUGGGUGGGCCUCUUAGAGCAGGCGGAGGCACAUAGCUGACGUGAGGAAGUCCCUUUAAGUCAUGUGAAGAAAUCCAAAAACAGUGCAUGGUUUCGGACGCAUGGAGUCGCCGCCUCCUUAGGACCGGCCUGGACGGAAGAGGGUGCCGCAGGUGCUAAGGAAUGAGCACGGGGGCCGCAGGCCGGCCGCGGCCGAGGAGCCAUGGACAGCAAAGGCCUGGACGCCUCCCCGACGGACCUCAAGCUAGUGGCCCACCCGCGCGCCAAGAGUAAAGUGUGGAAGUACUUCGGCUUCGACACUGACGCGGAGGGAUGCAUCCUGCAAUGGAAGAGGAUUUACUGUCGCAUCUGCAUGGCGCAGAUCGCCUACUCCGGGAACACCUCCAACCUGUCCUACCACCUGGAGAAGAACCACCCGGAGGAGUUCUGUGAGUUCGUCAAGAGCAACACGGAGCAGAUGCGCGAGGCCUUCGCCACCGCCUUCUCCAAGCUGAAGCCCGAGUCCUCGCAGCAGGCUGCGCAGGACCCGCUGGCCGCCAAGGCCGGCCACGGGCAGGAGAGCAAGAGACAGCAGGAGCUCACGGCCGCCGUCAUCAGCCUCAUCUGCGAAGGGCUGUACCCCGCCUCCAUCGUGGACGAGCCCACCUUCAAGGCGCUGCUGAAGACAGCCGACCCCAGGUACGAGCUGCCCGGCCGCACGUUCUUCUGCAGCAAGGCCAUCCCCGAGAAGUAUGGCGCGGUGCGCGAGGUGGUCCUCAAGGAGCUCUCGGACGCCUCAUGGUGCGGCAUCUCCACGGACACGUGGCACAGUGAGAGCCAGAACAGGGCCUAUGUCACGCUGGCCGCGCACUUUCUGGCCGGUGGCGCGGCCCACUGCCUGUCCGUGGGCUCCCGCUGCCUGAAGACGUUCGAGGUGCCCAAGGAGAACACGGCGGAGACCGUCACCCGGGUGCUGUACGAGGCCUUCGUCGAGUGGGGCAUCAGCGCCAAGGUGUCCGGGGCCACCUCGGACUGCGGGAAGGACGUGGUGAAGGCCUGCUCCCUGCUGGACAUCUCCGUGCAAAUGCCCUGCCUCGGGCACACGUUCAACGCGGGCAUCCAGCAGGCCCUGCAGCUGCCCAAGCUGGGCGGACUGGUGGCCCGCUGCCGCAGGCUGGUGGAGUACUUCCAGCAGUCCGCCGUGGCCACGUACAUGCUCUACGCGAAGCAGAAACAGCACAACGUGGCCCACUGCAUGCUCGUGAGCGACCGCGUGUCCUGGUGGGGGAACACGCUCGCCAUGCUGCAACGUCUCAGGGAGCAGCAGUUCGUCAUCGCCGGCGUGCUCGUGGAGGACAGCAACAACCACCACCUGAUGCUGGAGGCCAGUGAAUGGAGCACCAUUGAGGGGCUGGUGGAGCUCCUGCAGCCCUUCAAGCAGGUGGCCGACGUGCUGUCCGCCUCCAAGUACCCAACCAUCAGCAUGGUGAAGCCCUUGCUGCACAUGCUUCUCAACACCACCCUGAACGUCAAGGAGACAGACUCCAAAGAGAUCAGCAUAGUCAAGGAGGUGAUUGCCAAGGAGCUCAUCAAGACUUACCAGGAGACCCCCGAGAUCGACAUGUUCCUCAACGUGGCCACCUUCCUGGACCCCCGCUACAAGCGGCUGCCUUUCCUGUCCGCGUUCGAGAGGCAGCAGGUGGAGAACAGGGUGGUGGAGGAGGCCAAGGGCCUCCUGGACAAGAUGAAGGACGGCAGCUACCGGCCACCCGAGGACAAGAUCUACACGCCGCCCGAGGAGCCCCCGGCGAAGAAGCCGGGGCUGGCGUCCACGCCGCCGCCCACCAGCGUCAUCAACAGCAUGCUGGCUGAGAUCUUCUGCCAGACGGGCGGCGUGGACGACCAGGAGGAGUGGCACGCUCAGGUGGUGGAGGAGCUGAGCAACUUCAAGUCCCAGAAGGUGCUGGGACUCGGCGAGGACCCGCUCAAGUGGUGGUCCGACCGCCUGGCUCUGUUCCCCGUGCUGCCCCGGGUCCUGCAGAAGUACUGGUGCGUGGCACCCACCCGCGUCUUCCCCGAGCGCCUCUUCAGCUCCUCGGCCAACGUGGUCAGUGCCAAGCGGAACCGGCUGGCCCCGGCGCAUGUGGACGAACAGAUCUUCUUGUAUGAGAACUUGCGCGGCGGCGCCGAGGCCGAGCCAGUGGAUGAAGAUGAGGGGGAAUGGGGCCUGUACCACGAGCCGGGCUUCCCCCUGGGGGAGGCUGUGCACGGCGCCUUCUUCGGGGUCCGGGAUGGCGGAUUCAUGUAGCUGCCACGGGGUUCCCCGUGGGAUGCUUUGAUGAAAACCCCCACCCCGUAGGUUGGCUUGUUGGCCGGCACCGGGAGACACCAGGAGAAGGAAUCUCGUGGUGGACUUGCAGCUGUGUGCAGAACUCUACUCCCGAGCAAGCCGAGUUCUUCCCAGGGAGGGUCCGGGUUACAUCCGAAAAAUGCCAGACCUGCGGACGGAUGGAUGAACCCCCUCGCCUCCUUCCCCAGGCCGUGAGCAACCUGCAGGCAAGUCAAUUGAAUGAAGACGCGUGUACCUGUUCACCUGAAUGGGAACUUGGCCUCUAGGAAGCUCUGGGAAACAUUCUUUGGCCACAGUGAGCAGAUUGUAGGAGGCAAGCUUGGAACAACUUUUAAUUUCACUGUUGGCCUUUCUUCAGCAGAGCCAAGGCCUGUGUUAGGUCCCCCCCCUGCUCGGACGCCCCCACAUGGGGAGGAUGGUUUGUUGGGAGGCCCUCGGAGUAGGCAGGACCCACCUCAAGCCAUGGGCUGCCUUCUGUGAGGGAAAGCGAUUCCCGGACUAGCUCAAGACUUUCUGCGUGUAUCCCCGGAGCAUGGCAGCUGCAUGGGCCGAGCGGCACUGUCUCCAAGACGUGUCCCGUCUCUGCUCCCAGGCCCCGAGAUGCAGGUCCCACAUUUAUGACGCCAAAGGCAUCCCCCUGCGUGUUUCCUAAACAUGCUGGCUUUUUCUGACUCUAUGAAACCGUGUGCCACCCUGGCCGCCUGCCUCUCCGCGACUCUUGCCUUUUUCACGAAGCCCAUGGGCCACCAGGCCUCCCCCUCGCUGGUUGGGUGUCUAUUUAACACUUUCGGAUUUGACUUUGUUCCAUAAGUUCCAGAAAUAAAUGAACUCGUAAUUUAUUCGUCUGA